AUGCAGUACAAUCGGCUUGGCGAGUCGGACCUGGUGGUGUCGCGCAUUUGCCUCGGCACCAUGCUUUUUGGAGAAGCGCUGAGCUACCAGGAUGCAUCGGCACAGCUAAGCAGGGCUGUGGAGGGAGGGGUGAACUUCUUUGAUACGGCUGAGAUGUACCCUGUGCCGCAACGGGCAGAGACGCAGGGCCGAAGUGAGGAGUAUCUGGGGCGGUGGAUGGCUGCUUCUGACAUUUCAAGAGACAAACUCGUGGUCGCCACCAAGGUAGCGGGCCCAUCGGCUCAAAUGGCGUGGAUAAGAGGGGGCCCUUUUGCCCUGGACCCCGUUAAUAUCACAUCCGCUAUAGACACCAGUCUGCAGCGCCUGCAGUGUGACUAUAUCGAUUUGCUGCAGCUCCACUGGCCCGAUCGCUACGUGCCCAUGUUUGGCGACUGGGAGUUUGACCCCCGAUGUGACUAUAACGAGUACAGCUCGUUUGAAGCACAGCUGGAGGCUCUAGGAAGGGCAGUGGACGCAGGGAAAGUGCGGUACAUUGGACUCAGCAACGAGACAGCAUGGGGAUUGGGAAAGUUUCUGGAAGCUGCCAGCCAGCCUGCAACUCCCUCCUCCUCCUCCUCGUCUCCUCUCUGCCCUCGCCCGAUCGCCCUGCAGAACGCCUAUUCCCUGCUCUGCCGCACAUUUGACUCCACCCUAGCUGAAUCGUGCCACCACGAGCACAUUCCCCUGCUCGCAUACAGCCCUCUGGCCAUGGGGCUGCUCUCGGGUAAAUACCACUGCAGCCCCCAAAUGUUGUCGGGUAAACACCGCUCUAGCCCAUCAGCAUACCCUGCCACGUCAGCCAACGCUGACACAUCAGCAGACGCUGCCACGUCAGCAUCGAUUGACACACUAGAAGAGGUAGUGUCGGUUGUGAGGGAAGGGAGAGGGGGAAAUGGAGGGGGCGGCGAAGGGGGAAAGGGAAAAGAGGGGAUAGAGUUUACAGGGGAAAUGAGGGCUACCGUUGACGCCAUUCAUGCCAUGCUGCCAAACUUCACCCCGUAA